UUUUUUAAUAGCAGAUGUAAAUUUUAAUUACAUGUUCCGUUGGUUCCUCUUUACAAUAAUAGAUGGCGCAUUAGUUUUGAAAACAUUCUAAAUUAUUUUUAAAUAUUUUUGUUAAUUUUAUAGUUAAUAACAAAAUGGAGAUGGUUCUUCAAUGCUUUAUAGUUUUCUAGAUAAUAAGUGUAUAUAUAUAUUUAAUCUAUGAUAAUAAUAGAUAAGAUAAUUGUCUAUAAGUUGCCCAAAAAGAUUAAACUUUUAAGUGCAGUAAAAGGCACGCUUUAAAAAAGUUAAGAAAGAAAUUAAAACUAUCCCCAGUAAAAGAACCAGAUAAAUCAACCACAAACGAAGAUAAAAAUCCACAUUUAAUGGAAGCCAACGACGAGAAUAUUCCAAAAAUUUUUUUAAAAUAUGAAGACCAAUUAUCCAAGGAAUUAAACAACCUAACAUUUAGUUCUCCUGCACACUACAUUUACAAUCCAUUAGAAUAUGCAUGGAAACCACAUUCAACUUUCGUAAAAACUUAUUGUAAAGGUACCAAGGAUGUAUUAUUUUUAGGGAUUAAUCCAGGUCCGUGGGGUAUGUGCCAAACUGGUAUCCCUUUUGGUGAAGUUAAUAUAUCAAAGGAAUGGUUAAAAAUGAACGGGGAAGUGGAAAAACCUAAAGAUGAGUGUCCCAAGAAACAAAUUAAAGGAUUUGAAUGCCAUCGAAGUGAGCAAAGCGGAAAAAGAUUUUACGGAUUUUUUAAGAAUUUAUGUAGAACUCCAGAAGUCCUUUUUAAAAAUGCUUUUGUAUACAAUUUUUGUCCCUUGGCUUUUAUGGAAAAGGAAGAAGAAGGAAAAAGAUGUGCUAAUAUUACACCAGACAAACUGAAAGGACAAAUAAAAAAAGAUCUUGAGAAUAUUUGUGCUAAAACCUUGGUCAAGAUCUUAAAAUUACUAGAUGUUAAGAUUAUUGUUGCUGUGGGAAGAUACACUGAAAAACAAGCCGUUAAGAUCAUUCAGGAGUUCCAAUUAGAUAUUGAAGUUAUUUAUAUGCGACAUCCAAGCCGGAUGGCUGGUCGGAAUUGGUCGAAAACGGCACAAAAUGUUUUGGAUACAACUGAUUUAAAACAAUAUUUUAGUAAUAAUAAUUAAGUGUUUAUGUAUAAAACUUUUAAAUUAA